CAUGUUUUCCAAUAUUUUUCUCACGGCGGCGCAGUCAGAUUAGUACAAAACAAAUUACGAGUUAGUUCGGUUGGAUAUGCAGUGAGUGAUGACAAAAUGUUGGUGACACUUGAUCUACGUAUCGGUAUAUUUGCAAUUAUAUAUUUAUUUACUUGUGCGGUGUGCAUACAGUAUGGAAGCCCUGGGAACACUUUAUACGUGGCAGAAGAGUCUCAAAGGGGCUUGGGUAAAACUAUUGUGAUAAACAGAGCUGAAGAGGAGGGUUCUAGUCUAGAAAGGAGAAAACGGGAUGCGUCUGAGUCAACGCCUCCCGCGCUUCAAAAGAACAUAACUACAUGGACUACCCAUCUAAAUGACAGUCAUCAGCAGCUCAUGGUCCAUUGGGUGGGCGAAGGCUCCAACGUCAUCAUCUGCCUGGCUCGGGACUCCAGCCCCAAGAGCAAGGGGGUGUUCUCACCCUCCGCCUUGUUCAUCUCAUAUGACUACGGGAAGAACUUCACUAAUAAAACGGACAUGUUCAAACUGGAUGACACACCAAACAGCGGAUAUGCCCAGUUGGAUAAGUUCUUUAAUCAUCCAAAGUACCCAGAGUUCUGUGUAUUCGUGGACUCCACCAACAAGAAGUUGUUCUACACAAACGACAAUGGGCAACACAUUAAUCGUUCAGAUCUGGACUUCCAUCCCAGCGAGUUGGCCUUUGAUGAGGAGUUCCCCAGCAUAUAUGUGAUCUUGGAUAAAGUGGACUCUAAUAGACAUCUAUAUCUAACCAUGGACGGGGGUAAAUCCUUCAAGAAAAUCCAGAGUUACGUCAAAACGUUCAUCUGGUCGUCCGGGCCGGGUAUACAGAAGACGUUCUACGUAGAACGUUGGAAGCCGAAUGGCACCAGUACUGUGCUCAGUGCCAGUGACCCAACGGACUUUGAACACGCUACCACAGUCUUUCAAGAUGCUAAGGACUUUCAGAUCAAGGGCGACUUCAUGUUUGCUACGAAGCUUAGUAAAGAGCGUAACACAUUGGACCUCUACAUCUCCCACAUGAAAGGACCCUUCUACAAAGCUGAAUUCGAAACCGAACUCGACAUGAAGAAAUUCCACAUCGCCGACGUGACUGACAAACGUAUAUUCGUCUCUGUCAUGCACACGGAGAUUCUAGCUGAUCUGUAUGUGUCAGAGAUCAGCAAUGAUUUCACUCGGUACAACUUUAUGCUGAGCUUGGAGCAGAUCCUGUGCUAUUUUCCGGAUGGCAACUGGAAGGAUACUUGGCUAGAGGAUAUGACCGAAGACCCAUUCACGGACCUCUACCGCGUCGAGGGCCUCAAGGGCAUCUACAUAGCGUCCCGAGUGGACUCCAAGGCGCAGGUGUCCCACGUUGGCCCCGAGCACCUUAUAUCGCUGAUCACCUUCGACCACGGCGUCACCUGGUCGCCGGUCAACCCGCCUACUGAGGACGAAAAUGGCAAGCCGCUCAACUGUCACAUCGAGAAUUCGUGCAGCCUCCACUUAUGCCAGAAAUUCAGUCAGCUGUACCCGGUGACGAGGCCUCCAAGGAAUGUACGCAACAACUUAAGAUCCGCAAGUAUCAUGAGUUCAAAAUCAGCGCCGGGAAUCAUCAUGGCCACCGGUGUGAUGGGCAAGUCUCUCAAGGGCAUCCCUGGCGUCUACCUCAGUCGCGACGCUGGUCUAACUUGGAAGAGAAUACUUAAGGACUACUACUUCUUCAACUACGGCGACCAUGGGGGCGUUUUGGUGGCCGUCAAAUACUUUAAACUGCGCGGGGAAACGAAUAAAAUCCUAUAUUCGACGAAUGAGGGGAUUGAGUGGAAUUCUUAUCAGUUUAACGCAGACGAUCUCCGCAUCUACGGGCUAAUGACCGAACCGGGCGAAAACACCACAACCUUCACUAUGUUCGGCUCGGCCAAUGAGCAACAUCAAUGGAUCAUCAUCACUAUAGACUUGCAAAACGCCUUCGCUAGAAACUGCACCCCGGACGACUACAAAUUCUGGUCACCCUCGCCCCCUAACUCCUCAGUAUCCUGCGUAUUAGGAACUAGAGACACCUUCCAACGAAGACUCGCACACACAAAUUGCUACAACGGCAUUAAUUACGAUAGACCCGUUAAAAAAGAACUAUGCGAAUGCAGUAGACGAGACUUCGAAUGUGACGUCGGCUUCCAGUUAAGUAACAACGCAUGCGUUCGUAAUAAAUCUGCCAAACACGACCCUUACGCUACCCCGUACCCGUGCCGACCCGGCACUCUAUACCAAAGAACUAAAGGUUACAGAAAAAUUGAUGGCGAUGUUUGUAAAUCAUCUACCUACAUACCUUAUGCGCCUGACAUGGUCCCUUGCCCGUUAGACGAACCCACGGAGUUUAUUCUAGUUGCUUUAAGAGAUAAAAUCGCGCGGAUAGAUUUAUCCGACAAUUCUACGAUAUUCCCAGUCAAAGGGCAGAGCAAUAUAGUCGCUAUAGAGUUUGACUUGAAGAAUAACUGCAUCUACUGGGCUGAUAUUGAGACAGAUAAAAUUAAUCGGCAAUGCUUUAACAAUGGAACAGUACAAGAAGUCAUUGUUGAUACCGACUUAGCCAGCAUCGAAGGUAUGGCAUUAGAUUGGAUUUCUAAUGUGUUGUUCUUCGUCGAUGGAAUGCGCAAGAAAAUCGAAGCCGUCAGAACUGAUUUAACUAUCGCAGGCAGAAUGAGGGUUACUAUCCUGGAUAAUAAGGUUUUAUCCAAACCUAGAGGUAUCGCUGUUCACCCCAAAGCAGGUUACCUAUUUUGGACUGACUGGGAUAGAAGCAAUCCGACUGUAUCCAGGUCUAACCUUGAUGGUAAGAAUGUUAAGAAGCUAUUCGGAAAACCGAUAGUCCAAUGGCCGAAUGGUAUAACCAUAGAUCAGAUGGCUGAGAGAAUAUACUGGGUAGACGCUAUGGAAGACUAUAUAGCCAGCGCCGAUUUGGACGGCAGAUAUUUUAAGCGAAUUCUUUGGAGAGACGAGAAAGUAUCUCAUCCGUUUGCUGUGGCUGUAUUAAAAGGGAAGAUGUAUUGGGACGACUGGAAAGCGAAGUCCAUAUUCAUUGCCGACAAGGAUUCCGGGGACAAUGUUAUAACUAUAAACAAUUCUUUCUCCGGUUUGAUGGAUUUGAAAGUGUUCGCGCAUUUCGUUCAGCACGGUAGCAAUGCGUGCUCGUACAAGAAUACUAGCUGUGAUACUAUGUGCCUGGGCGGGCCCGGGAAAGGGUUCAGCUGCCUGUGUCCGAAUGGGUUUACUAUGACGAAUGGGAAGUGUAUGUGCUCUAACGGGUUGGAGCCGACAGCUAACAUGACUUGUAAGAAGAAGGACGGAGUUUCUUGUGAUGCUGACCAAUUCACCUGUGCAAACGGCAUGUGCAUCACAUCAUCAUGGCAAUGCAACGGCAACAACGACUGCGGGGACUUGUCCGACGAGAUAGGGUGUCCCCUCUGCGCCGCACCCAUGCUUUCUUGCGAUGAUGCGUCGCGUUGUUACCUACCGCAGUGGAAAUGUGACGGAGAAGCGGACUGUCCCGAUUUUAGUGACGAGAAGAACUGCACGAGACCGAACUGCACCGAAAGCCAGUUCCAAUGCGCCACGGGUAUGUGCAUCUACAAGAAGUGGGUGUGCGACGGAGACAACGAUUGUCACGACGGCUCGGACGAACGCAACUGUAAUUCUACAUCAAAACGGCCCACCAUAAGUACUUGCAACGAAAACGGUUUCCCCUGCAGCAAGGACGCUAAUCCCAUCUGCAUUCCCAACUCGUGGGUGUGCGACGGAGAGAGAGACUGCCCCAGCGGCGAGGAUGAAAAGGACGACAAAUGUCGAAACUCGACAUGUGCGCCGUCUAUGUUUAGAUGUCCGAGCGGGAAGUGCAUAUUUAAGUCUUGGGUAUGCGACGGCGAGAACGAUUGUUCCGACAACGAUUCAUCUGACGAGCAAAACUGCACAUAUCCAGGGACCAGUGGGCACUCGAAACUGAUCCCUCGGCCUCCGGAGAGGCCAGACUUCCCGUCAAACGGGACCUGCUUGGAUUGGAUGUUUAAAUGCGAGAACAACAACUGUCUGCCUUACUGGUGGCGUUGCGACGGUAUCAACGAUUGCGGAGACAACACUGAUGAAGUAGGCUGUGGUUCCUUCAUCAUUGACGCAAGCACGCCAGCGCCUGAGCCCGAGAUAAAGGACAAGAAGUGUUCUAAGACUCAGUUCACUUGUUCAACUGGCUUAUGCAUCCCCCUAUCGUGGGUGUGCGACACGGCCGAGGACUGCCCUCAGGGCGAGGACGAGCGCAGCUGCCAGCGGCGCGGGGCGGGCGGGGGCGGGGCGCGGCGGCGCUGCGCGGCCGACGAGUCGCCGUGCGACGACGGCCGCGGCUGCGUGCGCGCAGACCGCAUCUGCGACCGCCGCCAGGACUGCGCCGACGGCAGCGACGAGGUGCACUGCGAGGGCCGGCCGGACAUCACGAAAUGCCCUCAGGGCUACACGCUCUGCGGCGACGGCAUGCUCUGCAUAUCGGAGGUGUCGGUGUGCAACGGUCACCAGGACUGCUACGAUGGCAGCGAUGAGAGCAACUGCACCAGCGAAGCUCCUGGGCACGGUAUUCAGAUCCUUGGAAUCGGCGUGGACCAGCCAUCCAUAAACGCCAGCAGCUUCCUCAUAUCGUUCUGGAUGUCGCAGCAGAAGAUGUUCAUAUACAGCUUCCUGCCCUCCAUAUCGAAGGUGUCGGACGGCGUGUGGACCAACAAGACCUGGAUCCAUGAGAGCACUUAUAGAUUUACCGAUUUGGAGCCUUACACACAAUACAAUGUGACCUUCUAUAUCCAGGACACCAGAACGAAUAAAACUUAUCCGUCUCUGAAGUUUGUCAAUACUACUACUGGCGAAGGACAACCCUCACCGCCCUUAAAAGUGAGCGUUGUCCAACUGACCGGCAGUCGCAUCCUGGUCGAGUGGGACCCACCGGCGUCCCCUAAAGGCCAGAUUCAAUACUACACGGUGUCCUACAGCCCACCCGUGCCCCCCAUGGACAAGAAGACCAAGGGCGAUGACACGAACAUGACCAUCAAUGGCUACUUUAGACCGAACAUGAAUUAUUCCUUCUGGAUAACAGCGACCAACGGCGCCUACACCUCCGAGCCUUCCCCGGUUAUGACGAUCACUUUCGACGACGUUGGCGAUGUCGACGAUCUCAACAACAUCGGCGUCACACGCAUUAAUGAAAGCACAGCCCUAUUGACAUGGGAUAAAAUUAAAGGCAUUGAGGGCUUUAAACUGUUUGUGAGGCCGCCAGCGCCUAGCUACCUUCCUUGGGACCCUAUUACUACCAAUGCGACUAAUAUCACAUUAACAAACCUACCAACCGGCGUUCACAUCGACGUCGACAUAAUGGCGUACAAAGGCACCAUCACCGGCCACCCUCUCACCAUAUUUCUCAAACCCGAGGGCGUCAUCGAUGACGUCAUCAACAGUACCGCGUACCUUAUUAAAGAGAAGCGAACAUCGGUCAAGUUGGAGUGGUCACCGCCGACUAGUGACAGAUAUAAGGGGAAGGAGUUGGAAUACGCGGUGUUUUACCUUGAUGUGAUGCAUACUAGGAUUCCAGGGAAAGAAACUAAGAUCACGACUAAGCAGACGAGCAUGCAGAUCGACGACCUGCACGCGUGCGAGAGCUACAUAUUCGCCGUCACGCUCGCCAACGGACCCAACGCUAAAAUACACGAGAUCAUGACCCGAGAGAAUGCUAAGGCCCCGAUAAAAAAUCUACACGUCGCAUUCAACGCUAACAAGACUAAGAUGGAAAUCUUAUGGAACGCAAACUGUGACGUCAUACACGAGGCGGUCGCAUACAGGUUGGACAUAACGGAGCUGACGCGCAACAAAGUGAGCCGCUACGAGCUCAAGCCGACGACGAACGUAACGCUGUCUCACUCCAUCGAGAACGUGGCGAUUGGCGGCCGGUAUAACGUCUGCAUAUCUGCUAACGUGCCGUCAGCGGCCGUGACGUGUAAACACGUCCUCGGCCAGCAGCUGCCGACGCCGUCCGCCGUCGUGGCGUGGCUCGCGCCCAACGGACACCUCAUGGUCAACUGGGACAACCGCCGAGAGGACAACGACCACAAAUACAACUACGAAAUCAUAGUCUCCGAAACCGAAAUCCCCGAAGACCUGCUACACCCGACCGCCUCAAUGCGGACGGAGAUCGCUUCACACUCCCCUCGCCUUAUUACCGUGCCCGUGGCCCGCGGGCCGCUGUACUGCGCCGUGCGAGUCGUGUCCGAAGACGGGUAUUACAGCGACAUUAGCGAAGUACACACUUUGGAGAUGUUAGGGUCGGCCGAGCCGGAGGUGUCGGCCACGUCGGCGCUGUGGUGGGGCGGCGGCGCGGCGCUGCUGGGCGCGGCGCUGCUGGGCGGCGCGCUGCUGCACGUGCUGCUGCGGAACCGCCGCCUGGCCAGGUCGCUGCUGCGCUUCAGCUACGACAGCCGGCGCGGCCAGGCCACCAUCGGCGACCACGACGAUGACGACGUUCCUCCAAUCCACGGUUUCUCCGACGACGAGCCGCUCGUGAUCGCGUAGUGAGGCCACGCCAUUAGUCAAUAGCUGGGGACAUAACAAUGUUACAUGAACGGACAAAAUAAACGACCACACCUUAUUGUAAAUUAGGGCAAACCUUGGCCAUUCGGUGAUACGUAGUUAUUCGAUGAUAGUCAGUUUUAUUGUCUUUUAGCCGAGUUGCCCGGUAAUUUUAUUGCUUAAAACAAUGUUUAAGAGAUACCAUGGAUGUGACUAAUGUGGUGUAAUAUGAUUUCAAGUAAUAUAAUUACCAGGUAACGCGGAUAAAAAACAUUAAAACUGACUAUCACCGGAUAACCAAGUAUCACCGAAUAGCCAAGGUUUGCCUACAUAGACAAUUUUUCAAUGUUAUAUUAUUGGUUUUAUAUCGUCGGGUGACAAGCAAAAGUCACUAAUACCAUUGAAAUCAUUGGACAAUAAACCGUGUUACAAGUGUAAUAAAGUGCAUUGUUACUUUAAUUGUUUGAUAGUACUUAGUGACUUUUGCUUGUCACCCGACGAUAUUAUUGGUUUUAUAUCGUCGGGUGACAAGCAAAAGUCACUAACUAAUAAGAUUGAAAUCAUUGGACAAUAAACCGUGUUACAAGUGUAAUAAAGUGCAUUUUGUUACUUUAAUUUUUUGAUAGUACGUAGUGACUUUUGCUUGUCACCCGACGAUAUGCUCGCGACAAUUUUUGACGGUCCGUGCAUUAUCCAUCGUAUUUUCACGGAAACUUACGAACGUGUCUUGCUAUUUCAGUCAGCCUCAGUACCAAAAGUACUGACAUUGGUUGAACUAGCAUGACAAAUACGAACGUUUCCGAGAAAGUACGAUGGAAAACAAUUAUGCACUACAUCUGUAGUGGGCAUGGUCUCAUAGUUUUCAAUACAAAUGAUAUUUUUUUGCCUGACACGUUCCUACUACGGUCAAAAGCUUUAUUGACGUAAAACUUAUCUUCAAGCCUUUGAUGCGACACAUAAAAAAGCAUAACCUCUACUACUGGACAGCUGGGCCCGUUUCUCUAACGAUAUUAGACUAAUAUUAUUAGUACAGAAACUGUCAACUCAUAUGGGUUACCAUGGCAACACACUAAUGAUAUUAGACUAAUACCGUUCCAGCAAUGGGCCACCCACUAAUAAUAUUAGACUAAUACCGACUGAGCAUAGUCGCGCUACCCCCGCUGCCACGCAUACGGUAAAUUUACUCCAUGUUCGAGUCGAAAGUGUCUUUGUGUGACGUCCGUGAACUCGUUCGUCGUUUGAACGGACCAAUCACGGCACGGGACUUCGCUCACCUCGUCCCGCGCACCCCCGCAUUUUUGGCAGCAUCGUUUGCAUGAAAUAAUUGCUCUAAACUCCGUCUAGAGGAUUCCUAGUCUAUGGGGCCACCUGGCCGAAUACUACUAUUGGUAGGGGAUUGAUAAAUUGUCGCUAAAUUUUGCUUUUUAAACGACUGCCCAAUGUCAAAAUAGGGUCAUUUAUGUCAUUAUUAUUUAUUCUUUAAGUAUUCAUUAUAAUAUUUAGCGCGGUAAAUUCUAACUAGAUUUUUUGACUAAUUAAUCAUAAAAAUAGUGAUAAACGUGAUUUAGAUAUUUACUGAUUCUGUGUAACAUUUUUAUAUUCCUAGUUUGGGGUGGUAUUCCACCUAUCCAAUUUCUUUGUCCAAUGUGUAUUUCGUCUCACAUUUGGCUAAAUGAGAGAGUGUGACGCAAUGACAUUGGACAAAAAAAUUGGACAGGUGUAAUACCACCCUUAAAUAGUAACGCAUACGCCCUAACCGAAAACUACCGUUUGUAUCGAUACAAAGGGUUAGGGCGGCUGGCAUAUUACAGAAAUUAGUGUCUUAUUACAAACACAAUAAGGUUGAUGUUUAUUGUCAUUACUCGAUGUCUCAAAAUACAUGUGCUUUUUUUGGUACUAACUUCAACUAUGCAGAUCGAUGUUAGUCUUUUGAGAACAGUUUUACCUAAAAUGUUUAUCUUCUAAAUGUGAUAUGCAUUAUAAGGAAAAAAAUAUAAAAUUUCCUUCAGAAUUAAAUUAGAGUUCUAAUAAAAAAAGUAAGGACGCUAAUAACGAAGAAUUUCAUACAAUGACCCUCCGUUUCCUGUAUCUAUCGUACGCUUAUAAUUUGCUGUCCCGCUCGCACAGUGGCAUAGACAGCCGGCAUCAUGAGCGGGACAGCAAGAGCGCGUGCGAUAGAGAUAGGAAAUGGCAGGUCAAUGUACGAAAUUAUUUAUGCUUAGCGUCCUCAUUUUGUGGUUCGAGAAAUUGAAAAUAUACGUCAGUCAGUUGCGUUUUCGUAAGUUCUCAUAAUUAUAAGAAAUCUCAAGUAUUUUAUUUGCCAGUAUGCGUUUAGGCUAUAUUAUAUUAUUUUUAAAUAAUAAUUUUAUUUUUGCUUUGUAUUGCGGUUGUUGAAAUAAUUUAUGUGACAGUUAAAAAAACGAAUUAUUAGUUUUACAACAACUUCAGUACAUUAUAAAUUAUUUAUGUUAAUAGCUAUUGAUUAGCCCAGAGUAUUAUUAUGUUGUAAACAUAGUUAUUACAGAAUGGUGGUUGUAAAGGCCAGGACACACCGGCUGCGGGUGCGGUAACGUGCACGUGCGCUUAAAUGCUAGAACCGCGUGCGCACACGUCACGCAAGCGGUGUGUCGUCUCUCAUAUGUAACUGUAUAUUACAACGCGCAUGUCUACGCACACGCAACCGGUGUGCACAGGCCUCGUUUUUCUUAAUUUGAAAAGUUCGUAUUAAGAAAAAUGUGUAAUGAAAACGGGCUGUAACUUGUAAGACUUGUUGUUUGUAUUGUUUGAAUAGGGAGGUCAAUUCUAAUUUAAUAAUUUGUUAUGGUUUUGAAUCGAUUUUAAUAAUACCUUGACGAUCGCCUUGGUUAUAGGGUAUAUUACGCAAAAUCCUGUGUAGGGGGCGCCACUACCACUAUCCAUCACUAUCUGGGGGUCUACCUCGAAAGAAAAUCGAAAUUUAGUUAUCUAACUCUCUAUCACUCUUGCGUAUUCGAGCGAUAAAGAGGCAGAUAACCAAAUUUCGAUUUUCGGGUUUCCCGCUAUGCCCUUGUUAACAAACCGUCUUGACGCAUCAAUAUCAUAUUUUAUUAUCUGUGAAUACUUGUCAAAAAACAGUUUAAGGCACAGUAUGUAUAAGUUAGUCUAUGGUUAACUAGCUAUAGCUUAGUGCUGCACUCUGGCGGCAGAACUUUGCAGUAUUGGCGCAUUUACUCCUAUUGGCGCGCCUCUCAUGGCUCCUCUACAUGAUGGGCCAGCGCCGGCCACUCCAAGGGACGCAGCCAUGCGGUAGAAUGAGAUAGCAAUAUCACUUGCUCCCUCUAACGCAUAAAUGCGUCCCUUGGAGUCGCCGGCGCUGGCCCAUCGUGUAGAGGAGCCACCACGCACCUUUCACUUCAUUUCGCAUUCACCAAUCAGUGUGAGCGUACUUCAAGGUCAUCAUCAUCAUCAUAAUUUAAGAGCAUGGCUCUUGUCGGUGAAGUAUGCGCCAGUUUUCCCGGUCCUCGGCCAGGUUCUUUAGGUCCCUGUAAGACACGACAUUUGCUUUUGCCUUUAGUCACAGAAUAAAUAAUAGUACUAGGUACAGAAGACUCACUCUCUAACAAAACGCGUCUGUUACGAUCAGGACAGAUAUGGCUGCUAGGUGGGGACAGCGCCACGCGCGGCUUAUGACUAGCCACCAAAACUGGUGUGGAACAUGCGGUACUUUUAGCUACCUGUAGCAAAGCGACGAAAUCGCGGAGUGAGCCACGCCUGCUUUAGUUGUCGUGUAUAGCUAGCUCGUGGUUUUCCUCUUCCUCUCCUAGCUUCGAUCUCGCCUUCUAAUAUAGUUCAAAAAGGAACUCGUAUCAAAACUAGAUCAAAACUGUAACAAGUUGUUGAAUUGAAUUGGGCUCUGUGUUUUAUUUACCUUGCUCAUUUCGAUAUCGUUGUAGUCAUAAAAGACAACCCAACUUUGAGUCAGGUACCACGCCAAAGACCUAUAAUGUAGAAGUACAAUUGUGUUUAACUAACGUAUUCGUGAUACAAGAUCUCUGAGGUACUAGUGUGAUACGUUUAUCCCUGUGAUGAUAUCUGUCUUUUUUCAAUCAGUUUAGUGUGACAAAGUUAGAAAUAUGAUUGCAAUAGACAUUGAAACAACCCGAACUUUUGUUUAUUUAGUGUCAAAAUAAAAAAAAGUACAUUUAUAUACACAAUCUAUCUCAAUGCUUGCACUUGUUAUUAUAUAUUCGCACUUAUUUCGUUGACAAAUAAAAACAGUAUAGACCACGUCUAAGCUUAAUCUGCAUCAACUUUGCGAACAACAGAGUGUGGAACUGCCAUCACAAACUUUGAACGCCACGCGAACGAUGUUCCAAUGUUCGAAGGUUGAUACUGGGCUGUAGGCGCGCGUGUCUGUUGACGUCUUAAUGCGCUAAUGUGGCGCUUUCACACUUUGUUGCUGCUAAGUCUAUGCAUAUUUAGUUUAGACGGAUUAAAUGUGACGUUAUCUGUGUAAAGGGACCCUUAUUGUCGAUGGCGCUUAAGCCAACGACAAUACGAUGCUCCGAUUAAAUACAAGGCCACGCGAUGCUGAGCGGCGUAAGCGCCAUCGAUAAUAAGGUCCCUUUUCAUAGACAAUGCCUCAUAUGCUGUUUUUAUUUAUCACUUUAGUAAAAUGUGGUUGUUUAACAAUUAUCAUGCUAGGACCCUCGUCGGACAGUGAUCGUUAGUUUAGAUCUCGACAUUCCUUCAGUUGGGUCACAUAGAAUAAUGUGCUUAGUUCCUAUAGGACAUUUUGUAAAACUCUGUUUUAUUAUAUGUUUCUUAUGAUGCGUUCGAUUAUUUUUCGUGGCACGAGUUAGUCAUAAAAUUGUAAACAAGUAAAUGGAGAAAUAAAACUAUGAUAUUUA